GUUUUUCUUUUUUAUUAUAUCAUCAUACUUUACGGACAUAUAUCAACAAAAUGAAGUUUGCAUUAUUGAUUUCCUCUGCUUUGUUUGCCGUUGUCUCUGGUGAUGUAAUUGUAUCCAUUACCUCUCCAUUAUCUGGUACCAAACUCAAGGCUGGCUCUGAUGCUGUCAUCUCCUGGGUUAAUCCUACUGUACCUACUAUUUCUCAAAUUGUUUUAGCUAAGGGUCCAUCCACUGCUUUACAACCUGUUACUACCAUUGCUACAAACGUCGAUACUGCUGGAGGAAAGUAUGUCUGGAAGAUUCCCUAUGAAAUCGAAAAUGGAAAUGAAUACGCAUUUGAAUUGGGUACAUCUCCAGAUCUUGCAUUUGCAGGUCCUUUCUCUAUUGAAGGUGGUGUAGGCGGUACUCUCCCUUCAUCUAAUGCUACAUCAUCUGCUCCAGUCUCUCCCGGUGCACCAGCUGCUUCUAGCAAUCCAGCCCCCGCUCCUUCCGCUCCUUCUGCUCACUCCAGUGCUCCAAGUGCGUCUCCUUCCAACGCCAAAGCUCCUGCCGCUGGAUCUUCCCCAACUGGAUCAUCUGCUAUUCAAUUGUCUUCUUUGUCUGGAAAGAAUAUGGCUGUGGUCGCUGGUGCUGUGAUUAUUCUCUCUCAAUUGUUCUAAACAGGAUGGUUUUUUUUUUUUAAUAUUGAUCAUCUGUCCAUACCAUCUUUUUAUAUAUAUAUCGCAUAUUUACUAGCUUUAUCUUGAAAGAAAAGACAUGAUUACCUUUCUCCUUUUUUUUUUUAUUU